CGUCCAUAUUUAUACUCUGGGAUAAAAAAAAACACCGUGGAUGGAAUCGUAGUUAGGAAUGUGCCUUCCAAUGGACGCAGAGACAAGAACUUGAACCACGAAAGACCAAACCAAGAUUCACAAACCUCGGUUCAUCCAACAACGAAUUCUCAUGAUGCUUUAAGAACGAAAUUUUGUUCGACAUCAAACAUCCAAAACACCGAAUUGAAUUUGUGUGUUUCCCUGAAAUCCCCAAUUAUUCCCUUCAUUAAAUGGAUGAAAAUCAGGACGACUCCAUCCGGGAUCACAAGCUCUGUGGUUACUUGUGCGUCGUCCUCUCGUUUCCCCAAACCACCACCCAGAAUCAGACUAUCGACAAUGGCAUUACCGAAACCCUAAUUGUCAACACUUGCUGUAAUAUUUUUCGAGAUGGAACUGAUGUGGGUUUUCUGUCGUCAAACGGCAUCAUACUAUCGUUGAUCAAUUCAAACUCCAUCAACUCUAUUUCGACCGACGGCGAAGUUACGGAAACACCCCAGAAGUCUAAGAGCGAAAGUGGCGGUGGAUCAAUGUCGGUAUCGAGGAAGAAGUUGAGCAAGAUAGGGCUAGUGCAUGGUAGCGUAAGUGUGAUUCAUCAACUUCACGCUUUGGUAAACAACAAGUGCUUGAAGAUCACUUCAAGAGUGGUUCGAAUUUCUCGGAAAUUGGAAGAAGGGGAGGUCAGGGUUGUGGUGCUGGUUGAUGUUUAUCUGCCAAUUGCUUUGUGGUCUGGUUGGCAGUUUCCAAAAUCAAGAUCCACGGCGGCAGCUCUCUUCCGCCAUUUGAGCUGUGAUUGGGAAACAAGGCACACAAUACUAGAUUACAAAAAACUCGAUCCCAACAUCGACACCCAAAUUUGGAACAUUUCAGAUUGCCAUGUUCUUGGAUGCACCCAACACUGCAACUCACCCGAUACUUCCCGAAACAAACUAUUCGAGCUCCAUGAAAUCUUCAAAACUCUACCAAGCGUUUCAACGAAGGGCGAUUUCGUCAAUUCCAAAAUAAACCCUUCAGAUGAUUUCCCCCCAUCCGGUUUCCACCUCUUACCCGAUGAUGUUUUGAUCAAUAUAUUAACCUCCCUCAGCCCUCUCGAACUCCUCAAAACCUCCGCCACAUGUCGCCACCUAAGACUACUCUCACAAACAAUAAUGCCAUCAAUGAAACUCAAACUUUUUCCACAUCAGCAGUCAGCAGUUGACUGGAUGCUAAAACGGGAACGUGACCCCGAAACAUUCCCGAAUCCAUUGUACAUGAAAUUGGAAACAGAAGACGGAUUUGCUUUUAAUGUCAAUUUGGUUUCUGGAGAGCUUGUAACGGGGCCCACUCCCAUGAUUAAAGAUUUUCGUGGGGGUAUGUUUUGUGAUGAACCUGGGUUAGGAAAGACCAUAACUGCCCUUUCUUUAAUCUUGAAAACCCUAGGCACCCUAGCGGACCCCCCAGAUGGGGUGGAUGUAAUCUGGUGUAAACAAAAUGGUGAUCAGAAAUGUGGGUAUUAUGAGUUAGGUGGAAAAAAGAUUGCUGCCCGGAGCACCCGAAGAGGGCUGACCGGACUGACCGUGUCAGAAACCGUUACCCCUGAUCCACCAAAGCUUAUAAAAUCCAGCACACGAAGCUGGACAAAAGUUAAGAGGAAUCUUUUUAACGAAUACGAAGGACCAUCUUACCCUUCUAGUGAGAGAAAGAGAAAACAUGGUGGUGAUGAUGAUGAUGAUGAUGAUCCACUGUAUGUGAUCUCAAGAAACAUGAAAAAGAAACUGAAGAAGGAAAAGGAGAAGGAGAAGUGGAGAGGGGGUAGUUUUGAAGUAAAUGAAACAUGGGUCCAGUGUGAUUCAUGUAGAAAAUGGAGGAAGCUUUUCCAAUCAAAUAUUACGGAUUCUGCCACUGCAUGGUUUUGUAGUAUGAACGAAGACCCGUAUCACAGAAGUUGUAAUGUCCCAGAACAGUCAUGGGACAACGGGCAGUCGGUCACCUACCUGCCCGGAUUUUACACAAAAGGAACACCACAAGGAAAAGAAGAAAACGUUUCCUUCUUCACUAGUGUCCUUAAAGAACACUACCACUUAAUCAACUUCGAAACCAAAAAAGCAUUAAUUUGGUUAACAAAACUAACCGAAACCCACCUCACAAAAAUGGAAACCACCGGAUUAGUCCACCCGCUCACCGGGACCCGCGUGUUAACCACCGGAGAGCCCCGUGGGUUCCACAAAAUCUUUCAAGCUUUCGGUUUAGUCAAACGCGUUGACCAAGGCACAAUGAGGUGGCACUACCCGAGAAAUUUAAUCGACUUAUCUUUCGAUUUAUCCGCUUUAAAAGUCGCCCUCAACGAGCCGCUUGACUCGGUCAGAUUCUAUUUAUCCCGGGCAACUCUAAUCGUGGUCCCCGCAAACCUAGUCGACCAUUGGAGGACACAGAUCGAGAAACACGUGAAACCCGGGCAGCUACGCGUUUUCAUUUGGGCAGAUCAUAAAAAACCAUCGGUUCACAACGUGGCGUGGGAUUACGACAUUGUGAUUACGACUUUCAGUCGUUUAAGCGCCGAAUGGAGCCCUAAAAAAAGAAGCGUGUUGAUAUCGGUUCAUUGGGCUCGAGUCAUGUUCGACGAGGGUCACACCCUGGGCUCGAGCCUCAACCUAACGAACAAACUACAGUUAUCGAUAUCAUUGACCGCUUCAACUCGGUGGUUGUUGACCGGGACCCCGACUCCCAACACACCGAAUAGUCAACUCUCGAGUCUUCAACCGAUGUUGAAGUUUCUAAAGGAAGAAGCGUAUGGUCAAGAUCAAAUGUCGUGGGAGUCUGGGAUAGUUAGGCCGUUUGAGGCGAAAAUGGAGGAGGGGCGAAAUCGUCUUUUGGAGGUGCUCGGGAGGUGUAUGAUUAGUGCAAGGAAGAAGGAUUUGAGGAUGAUUCCUGAGUGUGUUAAGAAGGUGGUGUUUUUGAAUUUUAAUGAGGAGCAUGCGAGGAGUUAUAAUGAGUUGGUGGUUACGGUUAGGAGGAAUAUUUUAAUGGCGGAUUGGAAUGAUCCGAGUCAUGUGGAAAGUUUGUUGAAUCCGAAGCAAUGGAAGUUUAGGAGUACUUUAAUUAAGAAUGUGAGAUUGUCUUGUUGUGUGGCUGGACAUAUAAAGGUAACGGAUGCGGGUCAAGAUAUCCAGGAAACCAUGGAUAUUUUGGUGGAAAAUGGGCUUGAUCCGGUUUCCGAGGAAUAUGCUUUUAUUAGAUAUAAUAUUUUAUACGGCGGAAGCUGUAUGAGAUGUGAAGAGUGGUGUCGGUUACCUGUGAUAACACCAUGUAGGCAUCUUUUGUGUUUGGAUUGUGUGGCUUUAAACAGUGAAAAGUGUACGUUUCCAGGGUGUGACAAUUUAUAUGAGAUGCAAAGUCCUGAAACAUUAGCGCGUGUAGAAAAUCCUAAUCCAAAGUGGCCAGUUCCAAAAGAUCUCAUUGAAUUACAACCAUCGUAUAAACAGGAUGACUGGAAUCCUGAUUGGCAAUCAACAUCCAGCAGUAAAGUUUCAUAUCUUGUGAAAAGAUUAAAAGAUUUACAGGAAUCUAAUAAUAAAACAGCAGACAGUUGCAUCCACGAUGGAAAAGACAUUAAUGCCCUUCUUUUACCUUUUGGGAAAACCAUGACUUGUGCUAGAUUUACCAACAGGUCUGUAGAGAAAGUGUUGAUAUUCUCUCAGUUUCUUGAGCAUAUACAUGUCAUCGAACAGCAGUUGACAAUUGCUGGCAUUAAAUUUGUGGGCAUGUAUAGUCCAAUGCAUUCUGUUAACAAGGUGAAAUCACUGGCUACAUUCCAGCAUGAUGAGGAAUGUAUGGCUCUUUUGAUGGAUGGAAGUGCAGCACUUGGUCUUGAUCUAAGUUUUGUGACACAUGUAUUUUUAAUGGAGCCCAUUUGGGAUAAAAGCAUGGAGGAACAAGUGAUUAGUCGUGCUCAUAGAAUGGGUGCUACACGCCCAAUCCAUGUAGAAACUUUGGCUAUGCAUGGCACCAUUGAAGAACAGAUGUUAAAAUUCCUUCAGGAUACUGAUGAGUGUAGAAAGUUGUUGAAGGAAGAGAAUUUUUGUGCGAAAAACCCCCAAAAAUUAAUUAAGGACAAGAUCAGCUGUAGAAGUGUAGAUACACCUACUUGUGGGCCCUAUUGGCUAACCCUAAUUUUUGUGGUGGGUCUAGAUUCUAGAAAUUAUGGUUUUUGUAGUAUAGCGAAGGGCAUUUUAGAUAAUACUUAAUGGCUUGUAGAAAGAGCAUGUGUAUGUAGGGUGAGGUGAUACAAUCUCAACAUGUAUUGUAUUCAUAAACAAAAGAUUCCAAUUUCUGAAAAUUCGUUUUUUUUUUUUUUUUUAAGGGAAGUCAAACUUGACUAAA